CAGACGAUAGAGAGAGCCGGGGACGACAUGGGCCUGAUCGCUUGUGCUCUAGCUCUCCAGGCGUAGUUCCAGUUUGAGUUGUCAACAACGUUGUUUUUGACAGUGCUACUUCUAGGGGUAGAAGCUGAAAACUUUUUACUAAAAUGAUUUAUCGAUUGUAUGGACAUAUUUCAAUAUUUUCAUGACUUUGUCUCUAAAUACAAUGAAGAAAAUCAAUUGUGACUUAUCUGUAGUGUAUGAUAAUUGCAGUAAGAAUUUGGCAACUGUAACUCUUGAAAAUGAAUUGCGCCCUGUUUAUGGCGCAGGUAGGGCAUUUUUGGCGUAUUAAAUUCAGCUUUCUUCAGCGCUUUGCUGCUAACAAGUUACGUUUCCUGGCAAUUCAUUGGUAAAACAUCUCGCCGCCUUUCAUGUGUUCCCUUGUGUACCGGUACCGGAAGGCUGUGUCCUGAACACUUCACUUCUUGUUAUUUUCCUGGAUUAUUUCGGAUAUCAAAAUGAAAUUUGCUUGGCUGUUUCAUGCUUGCAUUGGAUUUCGGUCUGUGACGGAGCGGACGGAGCGGAACUCCUCCUGUUGAUAUUUUGUAGCGCGCCGGGCGGACUGGUGAGCGGCGGCGACUGGCAUGGCGCGCCGCUCGCGCCCCCAAACCUCCACCUGGGAGGAGGCGCGCGGCGAGUUCUACCAGGAGCACUUUCCGUCGUCGCAGGCCGGUCUGGAGGCCGACGAUGGCCUCUCGGGCGGGGUGUCCUCGUCGCAGGCGCAGCUGCUCAACAUCCUGCCCAGUCGGCAGCUGCUGCACACCGUCGAUGGCGUGACGAUGAGUCGCGGUCAGAUGACGCGCACGCUGGGGAAGCGUCGCUCCACUCUGACCGUGCGGCCCAGCCAGCUGGGACAGUCGCAGACCGACGUGGACCACCCGGCAGUGCUGCCCGAUCAAGAAAUACCGGACGAACAGCAGAUCUGGGACCAGAUUCAGGCCAUCAAGGCCAUGCCCAUUCCCAUGGAUAAGAAGAGGGAACGCAAAAACAAACUGCUGAAUUCUCCUACGUUUCGGAUGCAGGGCAUGCAGCGGUUUCACCUCACCCGUCAGAAGUUCUGGUCACGCUUCAAAGACGCCAUGGUCGACAUCUUCUCGUUCGAGUUGUGGCACGACUCCCUCCGCCUGAUCGAGGGCAACUUCGGCACGGGCGUGCUCUCCUACUUCCACUACAUCAAGAAGGUGAUGUACAUGAACCUGGCCAUGUUCGCGGCGAUGCUGCUGCUGGUGGUGCUGCCCAACGCGCUGCUGCCGCCCAGCCACACGGAGCACUGUGACGACGACGACCGGCCGGCCACCAUCACCGCCUGCUGCCACGAGGAGUACGUGGCCAACGUGACGGCCAUGCGGUGGCGCGGCGUGGCGCAGGCCUUCAUGGACUUCCUGCAGGGCCAGGGCUACAUGGAGCUGACGCCGCUCUUCUACGGCUACUACGAGAACGAGAUUCUGGUGGCGCCGCACACGAGCAUCUACUACAACCUGCCUCUGGCCUACGUGCUUGUCACGCUCGUCUGCCUGCUGCUCUGCCUGGUCUACGUGGUCAUCCACACGGCGCACGGCUUCCAGGACGCCAUCCUGUCGCGCGGCAAGUUCUACCAGUACUGCAACGUCAUCUUCAGCGCGUGGGACUUUUGUAUCGACAACGUCAGCUCGGCCGAGUACAAGCAGAAGGCCGUGUUUAACGAGUUGAAGGGCUACUUGGAGACGGACCAGUACGAGGCGGAGCGGCGGAACCGCAGUCAGAUGGAUACUGUCCAGCUGUACGUGGUCCGCACCGUCACCAACAUCAUCGUCACCGUCAUCCUCAUCAUCUCGGGCGUCAUCAUCUACUUCGUGGUGCAGUACUCGCUGGUCAACGUGGAGAAUGCAGACAGUGGCAUCGAGCUCUACAUCUACCAGUAUCUGCCGCCCUUCACCGUCUCCGGGCUCAACAUCGUCGUCACCAUGUUCAUGUACCACAUCGUGACGCUGGAGCGGUACACGCCGCAGGUGCAGGUGACGCUCACCCUGCUGCGGACUGUGUUCCUGCGCGUCGCCUCCAUCGCAGUGCUCAUGUACUCGUUCUUUGUCAAGUACAAGGCGCAGUGCGAGGGCCGGCUGGACCCCGACGCCUGCUACGCGGACGGCUGCCAGAGAAACGCCUGCUGGGAGACUGUGGUCGGACAGAUGUGCUGGCGUCUCAUGCUUACCGACUUCGCCGCGCUGGCCGGACUCAACAUUUUCGUCUACUUCCCACUGCGCAUAUUCAUCGACCACUUUCCGGCGGCGUGGCUGCGCACGCUGUUCCUGCAGGAGUUUGAGAUCCCGCGCCAUGUGCUGGACGUGGUGUACAACCAGGCGCUCUGCUGGCUGGGAGUCUUCUUCUCGCCACUCCUACCGGGCGUGGCGGCGCUGCUGUGCUUCCUCUUCUUCUACCUGAAGCGGUUCACGUGCAUCCGGGUCUGCACGCCGCCGACGCUGUCGCUGCACUCGAUCCGCUCGUCGGCGUUCUACAUGCUCGUCUCGCUGUUCUCCUUCUUCGCCUCGCUACUGAUCGUGGUGUUCUCACUCGCCGAGAUCCGGCCGUCUCGCUCGUGUGGACCGUACCGCGGCCUCGACACCAUGUGGCGGGAGAUUCAGAAGACGGUGGACGAGCUGCCCGCCUGGCUGCGGAACUUCUUCUACUACUUCGGCUCGGCGGGCUUCGCGGUGCCGCUGGUGAUCAUCCUUCUACUGGCGAUGUACUACUACUCUGCCAUCGCCGCGGCCAACAAACACAUGAUCGAGGUGCUCAAAGAGCAGCUGGUGCUGGAGGGCCACGACAAACAGUUCCUGCUCGGAAAACUGAACGAGCUUAACUCGCUGACGCGCAGCCGGCUCGGCGAGCGGCGUGAAAACGUGGUCGGCGAGCGGAUGACCGAGGGCGUCCACUUUGCUGAGAUGGGCUCACGCUCCAGCAGCGACGCCCAGGUGGUGACACACCAGGGCUUGUAGCUGCGCAGAGGUCGGACGCACGGGACCCACGCGCGGCCGCCGGCCGGCCGGCGGCUUCAACUGGCCUCCUUUCUAGAGAGCCUGUCCGCCGCUGCCGCUGCCGCCGCCGGCCGUCUAGUCUUCGAUGUGAUGUAUUGUUGAAUUUUACCUCUUGUGAUGGCUCACUAUGCGGUCGGCACGGGCUGGUGUGCUUGUCUGGUCGGCCCGCGCGCUUACCACCGAGUAUUUACAGUCGGUGGGUGUGUCUGCGGUGGCGCUGGCGGAGCGCGUGGCGGUCGGCCCCUGCGGGCUCAAAGCGCGCCCAGACCUUGCCAAGCCAUGUGCGUAAUGUGAUCGCAGUGUUUUAGGUUGUCUACGCACCGCGUUAUUUAAGUUGCAGAUGAUGUUUAUGUUUUACCCAGAGCUCAUUUAGAACAGGUGCACCUAGUCGAGACGGUGCCUACGGCGAUAGGCACCGGACGCAGCUUUAGGCACAUGCCACGGCAUUGUCAUCACCAAUUACGGUAUUACGUAUAUGUUUUGUAGUUAGAAAGGCACAUCGCAUCGACAUGUUACUUGCCGACGGUUUCCGUUAAGAUCACAAUGAUUUCUGUAUAUUUAUUGUACCUGCUCGCUGUGCCAACUGCAUGUCUUGUCGAGUUGUGUCCCGUCACUGGAAAGUAUUCUGGUCUGUUUGCAACGAAGGUCGCUCGUCCGGCGCCGGUGGCCGUCUUUCAGGAGCCGGGGUGGUGAGAUUGCGCUCGGCAGCCGCCGCUGGUGGAGCCAUCUGUCGCCUGUGUCGACAGCUAGACGUUCCUGUUGUCACCGCUAGUUUGAUUUUGUAAGCUGUGCUGUCGUGAGGCUACAAAUGCAUUCCUUAUUGACAUUUAAUGAAGACAAACGGAACCUAAGAAA